GACGUCACGAUGGGCGCCGUCGCCCCUGCACGAUCUGGAGGCGACGCGGGGAGAACCGGUCUUCUCCUGAGCCACCAUGAGCAAACGGAACCAGGUGUCCUACGUGCGGCCCGCCGAGCCGGCGUUCCUGGCCCGCUUCAAGGAGCGCGUCGGCUACAGGGAAGGGCCCACCGUGGAGACCAAGAGAAUCCAGCCUCAGCUCCCAGAUGAAGAUGGUGACCACAGUGACAAAGAAGAUGAACAGCCUCAAGUGGUGGUUUUAAAAAAGGGAGACCUGUCAGCUGAAGAAGUCAUGAAAAUUAAAGCAGAAAUAAAGGCUGCCAAAGCAGAUGAAGAACCAGCUUCAGCUGAUGGAAGAAUCAUGUAUCGAAAACCAGUCAAGCGUUCCCCAGAUGAAAAAUACUCAGGUUUAACAGCAAGCUCAAAAAAGAAAAAGACAAGCGAAGAUGAAAUAAAUAAGCAGGAACCAGUUAAAAAGAACUCACAAAAGCAAAUCAAAAACAGUAGCCUCCUUUCUUUUGACAGUGACGAUGAAAAUUAAUAAGUAUAAGCAUUUUGGACUUAGUCUUUAUGAGCAUUUGGGGUGUUUUUAAAAAUAAUAUUUUCCUAUUAUAAAGAUAAUACAAGUGCAUUAUGGAAAAUUUUAAAAUGCAAAAAAAAAUAAGAUAAAAACUUUGUCUAUUCAUCACUACUCCUUUCCUUUGACUUGAAAUGCUAAAUCUGUAGACAUUAGCUAGUACAGUAUUAACACUGUUAAUUCCCGUCUGGGGUGUGUAUGUAUGUAAGUUAUAAUUUAACAAAAUUGAGAUGGUAUUAUGUCCCCUAUCCUGCUUCUCCCUUGACAUUCUAUUUUGAGUAUUUUUCCAGGUUAGUAAAAUUCAAACAUCUAACAUUAAUGGCUACAUUAAUUUAAUUUUGAAAUUAAAAGGUCCCUUAUUGUAUCUUUCUCAUUAGCAAAACCCCACUUUGGGUGGGAGAGACCAUAAUGUGUCUGGUUAAGAAUACUUCCCUACCUCCUGCUAACAGUAGCCGCAUGAGAGUUCUGGCAGGUUAUGAGAUACAGGUGGGUCUUGUACAGGUAAGGAUCUAAUACAAAUGAUCUCGAUACAAAUCAGGGUCUAAUGUGUAACAUGGGGACUGUCAUUGGUAAAACUAAAAAGAGAAAUAUAAGCGGAAGUCUGCUUAAUAAAGCUACUAGGUCUUUUGAUACAAAAGGACAGAUUUGGUGAGCGUGAACCUUUGUCCAGUUUUAUUGAGAAAAAGGCAUAAAUCACUGUAAGUUUAAGGCAUACAGCAUAAUGGUUUAAUUUACAUCUAUUGUGAAAAGUAUUUGAAUAGUUUUAAAGCUUUUAAUGCUUACUUUCAAAUUGCUUUCUAAAGAGAUUUUUACCAUUUACACUUUGCCUUAUCCAUGAUAACAGUGCACCAGCCAUGGGCUAGAACUGGUCUUUUCAUUUCUGUCAAUUUGAUGUACUGAAAAUGGUGUUUACGAGCCCUGGCUGGCGUAGCUCAGUGGAUUGAGCACGGGCUGCGAAUCAAAGUGUUGCAGGUUCGAUUCCCAGUGAGGGCACACGCCCGGGUUGCAGGCCACAGCCCCCAGCAACCGCACAUUGA